AUGGGAUGUUUGGACCUGAAGAAAAAAACCGGAUGAGUAACUGGGCGGGGUUUCGAGUGCGAACUGAACUCAGAUCAGUCCACACGGCUGUCCGUGUACAAGUGUUUCUUUUUCACAAGCCUCUUACUGAUCUAGGAGCAGCUGUAGUGUUUAAAAUGGCCGCACAGUGGAGCUGUGCCCAAUAAUAAUAAUAAUCCUCUCUACAGGGGAAAAACCGGGAUUAAAAUAAACUGUACUUCCGCUGCUGAGCUAACAUUCCUGCAACCAGCUCCAUUUUACAGCUGAACUGAAACGGACACUGUACAUUUUUACAGAAGAGCCUAAAGAGGCUAAACACGGAGGAAUCCUGGAAGGAGCCGGAGGAGAGAAGAUAUGCACCCAACAUGGCUUUUAUGUCUCUCAAAUAAAAUGUGAGGAGAUGGCCCAAACUGGGAAAGAACCGAGGCAGACUAACCGUGUCGUGUUGGUCAAGAGAAUAAUAAUGAACGAUGACAGCAACCCGAUGCAGCAAGGAAUCGGGAAACCGAGUGUGUCCCAUGCGGUGGUGGUCAUCUUCCUCGAGUUUUUUGCCUGGGGGCUGCUCACCACACCGAUGCUUACCGUUCUUCAUGAAACGUUCCCACAGCACACGUUCCUGAUGAACGGCCUCAUUCAGGGAGUGAAGGGCUUGCUGUCUUUCAUGAGCGCUCCGUUAAUCGGCGCCUUAUCAGAUGUCUGGGGCAGGAGAUCUUUUCUGUUGGUGACAGUGUUUUUCACCUGCGCGCCCAUCCCCCUGAUGAGACUCAGCCCCUGGUGGUACUUUGCGAUGAUCUCCGUGUCCGGGGCUUUCUCAGUCACCUUCUCGGUCAUCUUCGCGUAUGUAGCAGACGUUACGGAGGAGCGGGAGAGGAGCACUGCAUAUGGACUCGUGUCUGCCACGUUUGCAGCGAGUUUGGUGACGAGCCCUGCGAUCGGUGCUUACCUCUCAGCGACCUACGGGGAUAAUCUGGUGGUCCUGGUGGCUACGCUCAUCGCCCUGGCGGAUAUCUGCUUCAUCCUGCUGGCCGUCCCCGAGUCGCUGCCCGAUAAGAUGAGACUGAAUACCUGGGGAGCGCCGAUCUCCUGGGAGCAGGCGGAUCCGUUCGCUUCUCUGAGGAAAGUGGGGAAGGACACGACUGUGCUUCUCAUCUGCAUCACGGUGUUUCUGUCGUACUUACCCGAGGCAGGCCAGUACUCCAGCUUCUUCCUGUACUUACGACAGGUCAUUAACUUCUCACCCACUACAAUCGCCGUGUUCAUCGGAGUGGUGGGGAUCCUCUCCAUCGUGGCCCAGACGCUUUUUCUCACGCUGCUAAUGAGAACCAUUGGGAACAAGAACACGGUUCUGCUGGGCCUCGGAUUCCAGAUCCUCCAGCUGGCGUGGUAUGGCUUUGGAUCUGAACCAUGGAUGAUGUGGGCAGCCGGCGCCGUGGCAGCCAUGUCCAGCAUCACCUUUCCUGCAGUGAGUGCGCUCGUAUCUCGCAGCGCUGAUCCAGAUCAACAAGGGCUAGUGCAAGGAAUGAUCACAGGCAUCCGAGGGCUGUGUAACGGCCUGGGUCCGGCGCUCUACGGCUUCAUCUUCUUCCUCUUCGACGUCGAGCUGAGCGGAAUCGCGCCGAUCCAGACCGACUACAGCAUCCCUCUCCAGGCUCCCAGUAAGCAGCUGGCGAUACCAGGCCCUCCCUUCCUGUUGGGCGCGUGCGCGGUGUUGGCAGCCUUCAUCGUGGCGCUGUUCAUCCCCGAACAGCCGACAGCGGGUGCCAAGACGUGCCAGGAGCUCAAGAGGAGCAACAGUCUGACAGGAGCACACGCCAACACGCCGCUUCCGGGCAGCGACGAGGACUUCGAGCCUCUUCUGGAGGACAGCACUGUGUGACUGUGUGACCGUCAAAACUUUCCCCUCUCGCCCUCAGAAUGAGUGAGCAACGCCCCUGCAAGCCUCCCAGGAGAUUUAUUUUAUUUGUUUUUUUUAGGUUUUCGAUUAUGUUUUAAUAUUCACACAGUUCGUGGUUUAAAUCUUGAAUUUUGAACCAAAGUUUUCCAUUGACUUUUUUUUUUUUUUUUGUUUUGAAUUAAAUUUUUUUUUUAAACUCUAUUUUGCUGCAGCAAAAAGGGCUUGGACGUGCUGUAGCUGAAGUGGACUGCGGAAGUGCAGUCGGGCGUGUGACACACUUAGCGCUUUUUUGUUUCUAGAUGCAACGUUGAGUCAGGUUUAAUGGGCAAAGUGCAGUAACGUGAAUCGCUUGAGUUUAGACUUUAUAGAUCUUAAGUUUAGUGUGUAUCGAAACGCUCAGAUGGUUUUUCAGUGAUUACAGCUCUCUGUAUAGGUGUUUAUACGUAGAUUUAUCGUCUUUUGGAUUCAGAGCCAUGAGAUUCAGUGAUUGACAGAUUGUGAGUGUUUUUGUUAACAAGCCUUAAAGCUACAUAUCCAGUGAAGUAUGACUGUAGGAGUUUAUUUAUUAUUCAUCGACGCAGAGUUUGUGCAGCGUGGGACGUCAACUGAUGCUUAACUCGAUGCGUGUUUUACGUUGACGACGUUAUUUUAAGUUAACAGGUUAGAAGGAUGGUGCUAACGGAGUUACUGACCGUGACGCAGUUACUGUGAGGCGCAGGUCAGUUCUUUUUACGUUUUUUUAAUUAUUAUUAUUAUUUUUAAUUAAUUUAUUUUUUGGUAAACAUUACUAUGCAGGAGUUACAAUAAUUUACCACCAUUUUUAUUUCGGUUUAUUUGAACUGGUUUAAAUGCCAUUUUGCUUCAAAUAUUUUUUUUUUUUAAUUUAAAAAUUAAUUAUUUAAAAAAAUAUUGUUUUUAUACUUUUUGCAGUAAAGUCAUGGUGGGGUGUGUGUGCGUGUGUGUGCGUGUGUGUGCGUGCGUGCGUGCGUGUGUGUGUGUCCAAAAUCUAUAAAAAUCUGCAUGGUGUUCGUUCGGUUCAUAAAAUGGAUUUUGAAUUUCCGUGGGAUUAUUUGGAACAGCAUGCAGAUUUUUCUUUAAAUCUUUCAAGUUUUCCUCCAGAACCUCUCCACGAGCCUGUGGAUGUGCACAACACGAGCUUUCUCCUCAGUCUUUUGCACAUUUACAAAACAAAAUGAUUCCAUUCAAGUGCAUCACCAGCUACCUCUUUUUUCCCCCCCUAAGGUUCUGAAGGUUUAACAUUUCCUGCUACAGCCUUACACUCGCUCUCUUUUUCCCCCCAGGAUAACGCUCUCAACUCUCUCACUGAUUCCACCCCCACGAACAAUAACGAAUCGUAUUUUUUUUACGUGCACUUGUACACGCAUUCCAUUUGUACACGGAUAGAACGAGCUUUAAGAGCAUUUGCAGUUAGUAGUGAGCACUAUAGACAAAUUUAUAUCCACAGUAUGGGUUAAAAUGUGAUGCCGUUUCAAUCUUACAAGGUAUUGAUUGAUAUUUCUGGCAGUCCUCUGCUUCCAGGUUUCCGUGUUGAUCAGUUAAAGGAGCAAUAGUCAAUAUUUGUCAUUUCCUACUGGUCCAAAUGAUGUAGAAAUAAUAAAAAUAACGGUUUAAGCCAUUGUUUAACCCAGUCUCGAAAACCGCGUCCUGGUCCGGGAAUGUAUGUUCGUAUUUUGAUCGGUCUCUUGUCAGUCAUGUUAUAAACCCGCCCCCAACACCUCUUCACAAUUCAAUUUUGCAUGAUUUAUAGGGUUGUACCUUGACUUUCAAGCAGUUGAAAGCUCUAGUUAGCAUGAACCACUGUAAGUCUUGGGGGCGGAGCUUUGUGUACAUGAGUGGAAAUGAGGGCGGGGAUUGAGUAAAAAAAAAAAUCAUUCAAAUCUUAUUCAACUCCACCUGUUUAACCGUUAGGCAGAUUUUUUUUUCAAGCAUCUUACCCUAAUGCACAUUUAACCCGAUCUAAAUGUCACAUAAUGUCCUUAAAAUCAAAUUUCUUGUUGAAUAUGCAAAAAAAAAAAAAAAAAAAAAAAAAAGGCAAACCAAAUAAAAGUUUAGGUUUACUGCUUAGCAUGAGACUCCGACAUUAAAUGAUUACAAAAUAUUUUACUACAUGAAUGAAAAAAUAACCUGGGCAUUUUGUGUUGUUUUAUAUCUAACGUCUACAAACUGUUUUUGUGCAUGAACACAGCAGGCAGCUCUGAUGUGGCGCUUUUUCUAAUUCCGAAUUUUUGCUAAAUCACAAUGUUUAUAAUAAUACGUUAUUUAAAAAAAAAAAUACGGAUGCUUCCCUUUUAUUAUACAGUAUAUAGACUAAAGGCAAUGAUUUGUACAAGUUUUACCUGUGGUAGCUUAGGUUUUAUAGUUAAUAAGUGAUUCAGUGGCGCCAUAGAGCGCAGCCUUUACGCUCAGUUCGCUUUUCACAUCACGACAAAUCCAUUUUGCUGAUCUAUUUUUUAUCUUUAUAACCCUGAACGAUGGCAGCGACACGCCCCGAGCACUUAUGCUGUCGUAAGCGAUACACACGUCACCGCUACCACUGCAUUUCUUCCUAACGUCUCUGUACACGGCGUAUAUGACAGGAUAAGAUGAAACCUGGGGUUUUUGGGAGCAGUAAAUGGGAACUAAUUGCAGGUGCGAGUGGGGAACUAAAGAAACGGCGGACCACACCCAAUCGUUCGGAUUUGUCGCUUUACAGAUACCUGGUCGUACCUAGUUUUUUUGCCUGGAAAAUCUCACUUCAAGCGUCUCUUAGGCGCCGACCGCUGUCGCUGAACUCGCGGCUACACGCCGGACACGUGCAUAGACACGUGCAUAGAAACAGUGCGAUCCGUUGUUUUGUUGCGUGCUGUCGUGCAUGCUUAAAGGCGAGCGUACGCGAGGGGGUCACGGAAAUUGAGCGCACGAGUAAGUUAAGUUCUGUUUUUCUCGUUAUUCAGUCGUUCUUUCCAUGGCAUCACAUUGUAUGUAAUUUAUCCGUUCAGGAUUAACAACUGGUACAGCAGAUCAACAGUCAUAUCGCUCACUACUACUUGCAAUCUCUCUCUCUCUCUCUCUCUCUCUUUUUGACUUUAAAAUUUUAUUUACUUAUUUAUUAUCUUAUGAUCUUUCCAUACAGAUGCAGGCGAAUGAAGUGUCCUGUUUUCUGCAUUCCAGUAUAGAGGUUUAUUUCGUUAUAAAAUAUCAUCAGCUACUUACUGUCCAUCCGCGUGUCACUACGAGAUGACACUGUAAACGAACCGCCCGCGCCCCCCAACCCCAUUCCCAUUUGAAUGUCUAUUUCUAGCGUUCCAGCCUCCUCUCCUGUCAAACCAGCUCACAGUCAUCGUUACAGCCGACAGCGUUUUGCGAGUCUCUCUUCCUUCGCCUCAUGUGUCAGCUGCCGGUGAUGAAUGUGUCCAAGCAUGGGUUCCAGCACCAUGCAAGAUGGCAGAGCAGGGCUGCGUUCCAGUUCCGGUUUGAACACACCCUCGUUGACUUCCUCUCACAGCGUUUUUUUUCUCUUUGAUUUCAAGCUUAAUCCAGCUUCUAUAUUUAUAUUUGACACCUGCGAGAUUGUAAAAACGCGACUGUAGAGUUAGGAAGCAGACGACCAAACAGCAAAAAAAAAAAAGUGGACGAAGCUCUAUUAAUGAAAGCAAUAAAAUAUUCGAUAGAUCAUAAACUUGCAAUUUGAGUCUUAUGUUAGCAACAGUCCAUGUGCCAUAACUAUUGACAAGUAAUUAGCUACCAAGCUAAUCUGACUCUGUACAUAUUAAUAAGGGGACAUAUUGUAGAACUAGUCAAAGAAAUUGCUGGAGUUGGAUGCCAAUCGAGACCGUAUUCAAGAGCUCCCCGUGUGCUACAAGUGGCGACUUGUUAAAGACGAGACGACGAGGGUGUGUUGAAAGUGUUUUUGGAAUGUUCAGUAAUACAUGCGAGUGAUCUGAAACCCCUGAGUGUUUCCCCUGAAAAGAUUUCAUCGACGCGUUGACGUCUUACUAUUAAGUAAGUGGCUGUGUCGUGAUGGGCAUGCGUGUAGGGUCUGUAGUGCACAGCCUGCACCUGUUAUUCUGACCGUCUAACAUAAAAAAUAACCUGACAGUAAUACAUAUAUAUAUAUAUAUAUAUAAGUAUUUUAAGGUUGUAAAAUAUUGUACAUGUACUGAAUAGCGUUAACGGAAUAUAUUGUUGCUAGAACUUGCUAUAUUUUUGGACUCGCAUACGAACCGUACGAAUUAUACGAAACACCAGUCUCUGGAAACGUUCCCAGACGUCUCAUUUCACCAGCUCUGGCCUAAUCCGGCUUCUACAGAGACCGCAGAGGCGCCCAUGCCAGCUGUCUUGAGUAUUUGUGUAAAGAUCGUUUGCACUUUCUCACCUUUCAGAGAGCGUGCACAAAUGUGCCUAACGUGUAAAACCAUGUUCAGACCUGAAAAGGAGUGUAAAUAUUGUGUAAUGCUUCGAGUGCUGACCUAUACAGCAACUUCUCUAUCUAUUACGUCAUGUCUUGGUGGUAUCUGUGGAAUAAAACGGAGGUUACGAAAAGCAAAGAACUGUAUUCGGUGGUUUGUUUUGCAUUGUUGUCCAGUAGGGGGUGCCGUGGUGAUGGUUAUUUAUUUUUGGGACUCCUAUCCAAAGCCUCUUAUUUAUUUAUUUAAAAACAUUUCUUCUAGACUGAAAUGUUUACACGAGUGAACACCAGAGGUCCCGGAAGCAACGCAAGUAACAUGUCCAUAUUUGUUUUCUUAAAGUAGAGAUGCCGAAGCAUAUUAUUGGCAGCGAAACUCGCUUUUUUUGACAAAUAGGAAGUGUACGUAGCAACGGGAUGUAAAACGUCACCUUAUGAUUUGACAAAAACAUGUCUGAAGAGAAAUGUACCGAGUAUAAAGAUUUCUAUUUUCACAGGCGUGAGCGAACCUCACGUUUUCAGGUGAAAGAAAAAUCAAGAAAAACAACAGAGUAACAACAUAAAUAUUCUUUGCUAUACCUCAGAGCCCAGAAUAAAGCAGGUGGAUGUACUGCUCCGAACGGGCCAGAGGUAAGUGUGUGGUACUCUGGAUGCGUGGAAGGAAUACACGGCCUACAAGAGCAGCACCAGUACAUCCGUGUUCCUGCAACCAGCUCCGGAUCCACUAGAACAAAGCAGUUCGCUGUGCCAAACAUUUUGAAUCGGAUCUGUUUUUAACGUUCUCUGGUGGCAGUAGUACAGUGCUCCAGCCUCAGCAUGUGAUCGUCAGGAGAGCAUUAACCCUGACUGCCCUCUGGAUGGCAGUGUAGCUGUAACUGUAACGUGUUCCCAGUAGAUCUGAUGAGGAUGCUUCAGGCCAUUUAUUGCUUCAGAAAUCACACUUGCUAAAUUGCCCCCCUCGGUGCUCGGCGGAAGAACACUGACCACCCGGACUUUCUCUAUAAACUAAACGUGUAUCGGCCUGUUGGAGAAAACUUCUGCUCGUAUUUCUGUCAUCAAACUUGUUUUUAAUAGUGCGGAAUGAUUUAUAAGCAACGUGCAGCGUAUUAAUACGAUUCCUAUCGUUACGAGUGAAGUCUAUUACUAUGAAAUGAAUAUGAAAUCUGACACGGUUGCCAAUAUGCAUGAUUUAUUAGCCUGAAGCGUAAAUAUGGAGCCGGUUAUGAAUCUGAUAUCCUCUCAUCUGUAUUUUGUUAAAGUGUACUGGACAAAUGUGCAGUAUCAUCAUGUACAAUCAUAGCUGCU